AUGGCGAGAAAUUCAUCAUCAGCACUACUUCGAAGUCUUCUUCGUUCUCCAGAUGAAACCCUUGUCUUCUUUUGCUUCAACUUGUGUUCCUCUCUUUUCUUCCCUCUAUUUCUCUUCAGCAGCUCGAUCUUCUGUUCUUCUUCAUCAUCUAGUGCAUCUAAUUUUGUCGUUAUCAACUCAGAACAAGGGUUUAACAGUUCUCUCAAGAAAGCUCAAGAUGAUAACUUGCCGGCAAUCUUCUACUUCACUGCUGUCUGGUGUCCUCCAUGCAAACUAAUUUCUCCCAUCAUUGAAAGUUUAAGCAAGAAAUAUCCACACGUGAUGACCUUCAAAGUCGACAUUGAUCAGGAGGAAAUCCGGAAGAAAUUAGAGGAACUGAAUAUUAUGUCUGUGCCAACAAUUCACUUCUUUCAAAACGGGAAAAAGGCUGACGAAAUGGUGGGUGCAGAUGUUGCACGACUGAACCAAAUUGUGGAAAGGCUUUACAGCACCAAGAACUAAUCAGUUGUCUAUCCCCCAAGUUUAAGCUGCUAAGUAAAGACGGAGAUGAGGUUUGGAGUAUGUGUAGCACGUAGUGCUGCCAUUACUGUGUUUUAAAGUUUUUGUUUUAGAAACUUGAAGAGUAGUUCAGUAGAAAUGGUUAUAAAGGAGGAAAGCAAGGAUUUUAUUGUUUUAAACAGUACCUGCUGCCAGUUUUUUCUAGUCUUCUUUGUUCUCACACAGUUAUAGAAGAGUUUAUUUACAACAAUUUUCUCA